AUGGCGCCGUCCAUGGAGGAUGACAUGGGAGGCAGCCUUUUCGAGGAUGCCAGGACAUUGUCUCAGAUGAAGCGGAGCCGCAUCGAUCUUACUCGGCGGUACGUCUUCCUGUGCCCAACAGCUCUUAGCAAGCACUUCGAGGCGCUGCCGCUGGCUGCGAAGGAGUCGUCGCUUAUGGUGUUUCGAUGCGCGAGGAGCUUUGUGUUCAAAGACCCGCCUUCUGUCCGCCGCUCGCGACUGCGGGCUCGCGUGGAGUGCGGUAGUCAUGCCAAGCCGAUCUCUGCUCCGAAGUCCGGCUUGGCAGCGCUGUAUCGGUCUGAGUUCUCAGACGAGUUCCUCCAGUGGGUCCUGGCCAAGGAGAAAGAGGGCUGCGUCUUCUGGUACAAGCCAGAUCAGGAUCUCGAUAAGAUGUCGAGCUUCUUUGAAGAGAAGGUCGAUCCGCUGGAUGAUCAGCCCUAUAGGCCUCUGCUCUUAGAUGCCAUGUGGUGGCGCGUCCGCUUUGACCGCACCAGCGCAAGGUAUGUGGGCAACCCACGGGGUAUUCUUGCAGCUAUUGCAGCCUUCCAGCAUGGCCUGGGCCAGGAGAGAGAUUUGGACCUUCCAUCGUUGCAGGAGCUGAUCUUUCAGAGCAACCCAACCUUGGAGCCGGUGGUGAAAUGGCCCCAUGCGCCUUCGAUGCGUUUCUUGCCCGCCCGGGUGGAGGAGAGCCCACAGUACAAGGGCUACAUUGAGGGCAAUCCAAGGCGACCAGGCCUCCCUGGUGAAGCGGUACUGGAGCGCCUCCAGAAAUGGCCAGACCGGCCAAGGGCACGUCUGGAUAACCUGCAUCAUCACUGGCAGGUUCAAGAGAUGUCUACGAGCCGGCAGAGCGUCUUCUCCGUGGGUGGCAGUGCCGUUCUGCGCGCCUCCUCCGCAAACGCAACUUCGAGGUCGUGCUGA